UGGACUGCCUGCUAGUGAAGUGAUGAAGAAAAAUAAUAAAGAAACAGCUCGCUAUGGCACUCAACAAAAAUUGGUUUCGGAAACAAAUGACGACCCCAUAGAUCUAGAUGAUCUUUUACCAAAAAUAGGAGAGUUCGGUUUGUACCAAAAACUUCUGCUCUGGCUUGUGUGCCUACCAGCAUGUCUGCCGUGUGGAUUCUGUGCCUUUAACCAGCUGUUCAUGACCGACGUGCCUGACCACUGGUGUAAGGUCCCCGAGUUAAUGGAGCUCAACUUGACGCAGCUGGAACGUAAAGUUCUCUCGAUACCACGCAAGGCAGACGACAACACGACUUUCGAAAAAUGCCUACGCUACUCUCUGAAUUGGAGCGAGGUGUUACAAACGAGAAAACCUAUAGCUAUGGACAGCAAUUAUAAUUAUUCGGUAGAGCCCUGCUUAGAUGGCCAUGAAUACGAUACAUCGGAAGUAGAAUCUUCUGUCGUAAUCGAUUUCGACUUAGUGUGCGAUUAUGAGUUGUACCCAACUCUUGGUUUAGUCGCACUCAAUGUUGGAGGACUAAUUGGCGUGUAUUGUUUUGGUCUCCUCAAUGACCGAGUAGGGAGAAAGAAGUCAUUUUUCGCCUGUCUCACUAAUUUGCUGGUGGGUAGUAUUAUGACCGCGUAUGCUCAAACUUACUGGUUCUGGGUACUGGCUAGAACCAUAGUGGGGUUAAGUAUCCCGGCCGUAUAUCAGAUUCCAUUCAUUAUAUCAUUAGAAUUGGCUGGUCCUAAUUAUCGAUCUUUCGUUACUAUCAUGACGUGUGUAUUUUACACUUUGGGUUUAAUACUUUUAUCUGGAGUCACGUAUUUAUUGAGAGAUUGGAGAUCACUCUCCUUAGCCACAUCAGUUCCAUUUAUAAGUUAUUACUUGUACUGGUUCUUCUUACCAGAAUCACCCAGGUGGUUACUUCUGAAGGGAAAACUAGAGGAAGCAAACGAAAUUUUAAAAUCAAUAGCUAAAGUAAACGACAAAGAACUGCCAGAAGAAUACACAACCAAAUUGCACAAACAAGUUUUGGAGCAAAAGGAAAAGGGAGGAGUGACAGAAAAAUCAGCUAGCGUUUUUGCUCUCUGUCGAACUCCGAACAUGAGGCUUAAAACUUGUUUAAUCACUCUCAAUUGGUGUGCGUCAGAGAUGGUAUAUGUUGGAAUGUGCUACUAUGGACCGGCACUUGGAAGCAAUCAGUAUAUGAGUUUUUUCCUGUCGUCGGCGGUAGAAAUACCAAGCUAUGUGAUUUGUUGGCUGAUCAUGGAUCGCGUUGGACGUCGUUGGCCGCUUUGUCUGUCAAUGAUUUUUAGCGGAAUAUUUUGCAUGAUCACUGUAUUAUUACCAAACGAUGCUCAAACGGAAACCCUUGUCUUGUACCUUAUUUCCAAAUGUUUUAUAUCCGCGUCCUUCCUGAUAAUAUAUCCGUACGCGGGUGAGUUGUAUCCGACGGAGUUGCGAGGAGUUGGAAUAGGAACGUCAGCAUACAUAGGCGGCUUGGGCUUGAUUGUAAUCCCUUUUAUAAAUUACUUGGGUUCAAGCAAUCUUGUGCUACCACUGCUGGUGAUGGGCGCUGUGUCUGUGGUGGGCGGCAUAACAGCCCUCCGGCUUCCAGAGACAUUAAAUUGCCCAAUGCCACAAACAGCUGAAGAAGGCGAGGAAUUUGGCAAAGACUGGACUUAUAAGGACUGUUUCGUAUGCGGUGAACAAAGAAAAGUAACCGACUCAGAAUCAUACGAGAAUCUGGACAGACUGGAACUAAAACAAGCGCCUUUAGCUGACGAUGAAGUGCCUGAAUUGUCCAACCUAAGAAGAAGUUCCAUGCGGAAAUUAGUCAGGCAAGCCAGCGUUCUGGAGACCCAAAGAGACAUCGACGGAAAUAUCAAAAUGACUUAUUGGUUCUAAUAUUUUGUACAAUAAGUUUUUAUGUAUUUACUUAAUUUUAUGAAUAUUGAACGCUAAAUGCAGACCAGUCACUCACAGAAUGUAUCUCAGAACAGUAUAAUAAUUGUUGUACUAAGUAACCCCUUGGCAAAGAGGGCUAAAACUUUGUACUCAUAUGGCAGAUUUAAUAAAUAACACUUUUUAGUAGGUAAAGUUGUUGUUCAUAGGAGUAGAGUAAGCCACAAGGAUUGAUAUUAAGUACAAGCGAUACCCAAAUGUU